AAACUGACUGGGAACUUCAGGGGCGCUGCGACUUGCCAGUUUCACUCCAGGAACUUUUCUUUGCAGGAGGAGACAAGAAGGGGGUGCAAUCGCCCCCGCUUUUUGCUCUCUUUCUUCCCCUCCUCUUCCUCCACCUCCUCCUCCUCCUCCUCUCCAAUUCGCCUUCCCCCACUUGGAGCGGGCAGCUGCGGGCUGGCCCCCGCGCGCCUUCCUAAAAGUUCGCCUCUGCGGCCGAGGGACGCGCCAGGCUCCCCGGGAGCCGCUCGCCCCGCGUCCGGGCAGCCGAGGGGAGAGGAGCCCGCGCCUCGAGCCCCCGAGCCGCCGCGGCUUCUCGCCUUUCCCGGCCACCCGCCCCCUGCCCCGGGCCUGCGUAUGAAUCUCCUGGACCCCUUCAUGAAGAUGACCGACGAGCAGGAGAAGGGCCUGUCCGGCGCCCCCAGCCCCACCAUGUCCGAGGAUUCGGCGGGCUCGCCCUGCCCUUCGGGCUCCGGCUCCGACACCGAGAACACGCGGCCGCAGGAGAACACCUUCCCCAAGGGCGAGCCGGACCUGAAGAAGGAGAGCGAGGAGGACAAGUUCCCCGUGUGCAUCCGCGAGGCGGUCAGCCAGGUGCUCAAGGGCUACGACUGGACGCUGGUGCCCAUGCCCGUGCGCGUCAACGGCUCGAGCAAGAACAAGCCGCACGUCAAGCGGCCCAUGAACGCCUUCAUGGUGUGGGCGCAGGCGGCGCGCAGGAAGCUGGCCGACCAGUACCCGCACCUGCACAACGCCGAGCUCAGCAAGACGCUGGGCAAGCUCUGGAGACUGCUCAAUGAGAGCGAGAAGCGGCCCUUCGUGGAGGAGGCGGAGCGGCUGCGCGUGCAGCACAAGAAGGACCACCCGGAUUACAAGUACCAGCCUCGGCGGAGGAAGUCGGUGAAGAACGGCCAGGCGGAGGCCGAGGAGGCCACGGAGCAGACGCACAUCUCCCCCAACGCCAUCUUCAAGGCGCUGCAGGCCGACUCGCCGCACUCCUCCUCAGGCAUGAGCGAGGUGCACUCCCCCGGCGAGCACUCCGGGCAAUCGCAGGGCCCGCCGACGCCCCCCACCACCCCCAAAACCGACGUGCAGCCGGGCAAGGCCGACCUGAAGCGAGAGGGGCGCCCGCUGCCAGAGGGGGGCAGACAGCCCCCCAUCGACUUCCGCGACGUGGACAUCGGCGAGCUGAGCAGCGACGUCAUCUCCAACAUCGAGACCUUCGACGUCAACGAGUUUGACCAGUACCUGCCGCCCAACGGCCACCCGGGGGUGCCGGCCACGCACGGCGGCCAGGUCACCUACACGGGCAGCUACGGCAUCAGCAGCACGGCGGCCACGCCGGCGGGCGCGGGCCACGUGUGGAUGUCCAAGCAGCAGGCGCCGCCGCCGCCGCCGCAGCAGCAGCCGCCCCCGCAGGCGGCCCCGCCGACCCCGCAGGCGCCCCCGCAGCCGCAGCCCCCGCAGGCGGCCCCGCAGCCGCCGCCGCCCGCGCCCCCGCAGCCGCCGCAGGCGCACACGCUCACCACGCUGAGCGGCGAGCCGGGCCAGGCGCAGCGAACGCACAUCAAGACGGAGCAGCUGAGCCCCAGCCACUACAGCGAGCCGCAGCAGCACUCGCCGCAGCAGAUGGCCUACAGCCCCUUCAGCCUCCCGCACUACAGCCCCUCCUACCCGCCCAUCACCCGCUCGCAGUACGACUACACUGACCACCAGAACUCCAGCUCCUACUACAGCCACGCGGCGGGCCAGGGCUCCAGCCUCUACUCCACCUUCACCUACAUGAACCCGGCGCAGCGGCCCAUGUACACCCCCAUCGCCGACACCUCCGGGGUCCCGUCCAUCCCGCAGACCCACAGCCCCCAGCACUGGGAACAGCCCGUCUACACACAGCUCACCAGACCUUGAGAGGAGCUGAGACAGAGGGCGAUGACGGCCAUGAUGACCACACACAAAAAGCACCGAAGAAGUACGCAACCCACCAGAAUUCCCUUUGGACAGUUUUUGGGGUUUUGUUUUUGUUUUUUCCUUAUUUUUUAAAGACACGUACGUACGCUGAAGGCAACUCGAACUCGAAUUCCAAGACAGAAACAUUCACUCUCCAAACGCAUGGCCACCUUGUUUUGCCUCAGUGGCCAGGCCGCUCUUGGCUAGAUGGACCAGCGGAACCGACGGGAAACUGGACUGGAAACCUUCAGAGCAAGCGUGGAGGAUGAUGGAGAUUGGUGUGACCCGUUUGCUCAGUCUCUCUGCCUGUCUGGACUUUGUAAUUAUUUUUUAGCAGUAAUUAAAGAAAAAAGUCCUCUGUGAGGAAUAUUCUCUAUUUUAAAUAUUUUUAGUAUGUACUGUGUAUGAUUCAUUACCAUUUUGAGGGGAUUUAUACAUAUUUUUAGAUAAAAAAAUUAAAUGCUCUUAUUUUUCCAACAGCUAAACUACUUAGUGGAACAGUGUGCCCUAGCUUUUCUUGCAACCAGAGUAUUUUUGUACAGAUUUGCUUUCUCUUGCAGACAAACGACAAAAAAAAAAAAAAAAAGUGUGCGUUGUAUUAACCUACAAAACCCACAGGUUUGUGUUAAGGGAUCAGUUUGGGGGGUUAGCUUUGCUUAAUUCCUCAGGCUAUCUGAUUCAAGGAGGAGUUGCCUUAGAAAAAUCGAGGCCUUAAUUUUGCGAAUACGGAAGUAAACAAUAGUCUAGAGACCAUUGGGUAAGCUUUAUCACGUAUAUGUUUUUUAAACAGGAAAAAAACACCUUAAAGCCUUAAAACCAUGCUGCUGGAAAAUCCUUGCGCCCUCUUUUAGUGCAUUUCCUCCUGUAUUUGCUUGUUGCCCACAAGCUUAAGAAAGAAGCAAAAGGCAAGCAAAGGAGAUGAAAUCUGUUUGGGGAAUGUUCCAGCAGCCAGUAAGUGCCCUACCACACUGCCCCCUGGUUGCCUGCCCGGGCCCCAUGUGGAACACAGAUGCUAGAAUCCUCUCACUUACACUGUCACCUGUGCCUGUCUGAACACCAGCAGUUAACCUUCAAGACAUGCCACGUGCUAAAAUUAUUUAUUUUGUAAGGAGAGGUUUCGAUUAAAAACAACAAAAAAAAUCUUCCUCUUUUUUUUUUUAAUUUUUUAAAUUUACUUUCUUUAAAAUAGGUUGUUGGAGCCGUCCUCAAAGGGUAUGGUCAUCUGUUGUUAAAUUAUGUCCUUAACUGUAACCAGUUUUUUUUUUAUUUAUCUCUUUAAUCUUUUUUUUUUAUUAAAAGCAAGUUUCUUUGGAUUUUCUUGUCCUAGAUUUGUAUAAAUGCCUUUUUGUCUGUCCUCUUUUUUUUUUUUCCUCUUUGUUGUUUUGUUGAAAACAAACUGGAAACUUGUUUCUCUUUUUGUACAAAUGAGAGUUUGCAGAUGUAGUAUAUCACUGAGUCAUUUGCAGUGUUUUCUGCCACAGAUCUUUGGGCUGCCCAGACUGUGUGUGUGCAUGUGUGCGUGUUAUGACACAAAACAAGGCAAGCGUGUGUCAUGAUGUCCCCCUACAUGUUCUCUUGGAGAGAGGGAGGAACGGGCAGGGGGUCAGCCCACUGACAGACCUUAACGCUUAAUUACUUCUGUGGCUGGAGAGUUUGAGGAUUGCUUUUUAAAAAAGACAGCAAACUUUUUUUUUUAUUUAAAAAAAGAUAUAUUAACAGUUCUAGAAGUCAGUAGAAUAAAAUCUUAAAGCACUCUUAUAAUAUGGCAUCUUUCCAUUUCUGUAUAAAAGCAGAUCUUUUUUAAAAAAAAAUAUUUCUGUAACUUAAGAAACCUGGCAUUUAAAUCAUAUUUUGUCUUUAGGUAAGGUUUGGUUUGUGUUUGUGUUUUGUUUGUUUCGCUUGUUUUCCCCCCCAAACCUUUUGUUUUCUCUGUGAAACUUACCUUUCCUUUUUCUCUCUUUCUUUUUUGUAUAUUAUUGUUUACAAUAAAUAUAC